GGCUAAGCAGGAGAGAGCUAAGAUUUGGGCUUUCGCGAUUUGAAUCUCAAAGGCCUUCCCUAAAUUGAUUAAGAGGAGGGAUUCGAAUCCGGGUGGUCUAUUGCGGCGGAUGAUCUAAACAGUAGGUGGAAAACGGGAAGGAUGCGAGGAAGAAGAUGUGGAAGGAAAUCAGGGAUAGAGAAUCAGGGAGACUUCGCCCUAAUUUGUACCGUAACCGAGUUGAGUUGAGCCGACUCGCAUCUCUUCAACUCUCCAAUCACAAAGAGAUCGUCUCCCCUCACCGCGCCUCCGUCAACUCUCUUCAGGUUGAUUUGACAGAGCAAAGGUAUUUACUAUCCUGUGCUUCGGAUGCAUCAGUUGCUGUUUAUGAUGUCCAACGUGCAACAGGUCGCGAGGGAGGUGGAUUGAUAUGUAAGCAUAAGCCCCUUUUUGUUGUUGACAAACGGCAUCAACAGGGUCACAAAUAUGCCGUUUCUACAUCCAUCUGGUACCCAGUUGACACUGGACUGUUUAUCACGGGUUCAUAUGAUCAUCGCAUCAAUGUAUGGGACACAAACACUACACAGGUGGCUGUCAAUUUUAAAAUGCCUGGAAAGGUUUAUAAGUGUGCCAUGUCUUCUGUGGCAACAUCUCAUAUGUUAAUUGCUGCUGCAACUGAAGAUGUACAAGUCCGGCUUUGUGAUAUAGCUUCAGGCGCCUUUGCUCACACUUUAUCUGGACAUCACGAUGGGGUGAUGUCAGCUGAAUGGUCAGCUUCAAGCGAGUGGGUUCUGAUAACUGGGGGGUGUGACGGUGCAAUUCGUUUUUGGGACAUCAGGCGAGCUGGAUGCUUUCGUGUUUUAGAUCAGUCCCAUUGUCAGCUUGGGAGACGCCCUCCUCUACUUGCACGUUCUGCUCAAAAUAAGAGUUCAACUUCUAAAUCUCCAUCAGCAGUUCAUACUUCAUCUAUAAAGGCUCGUCCAUCUCAACGGAAAUCAUUAAUUGGUAACAACCACAGGCAGUCUUUUAUUGAUAGGCAAGUUAGUAGGGGGUCGUUGAAGCAGAGAUCACAUCCAGGGAUGUUAACCACUCAAGAUCGUGCCACUGCUCACUAUGGUGUUGUAAGUAGUUUGAAAGUGACUAAUGAUGGCAUGUACCUCUUAAGUGCAGGUUCUGAUUCAAGGCUAAGGUUAUGGGAUAUAGGAUCUGGUUGUAAUACAUUAGUGAACUAUGAAACUGCACGCCUUCAAACUACCAAGGCUCUACAAGUUGCCAUAUCCGGUGAUUCUUCUGUCGCCUUCGUUCCAUGCAUGAUGACCACUAAAGCCUUUGAUCUAUGGUCGGGAAAGGCAAUGAUGAAUUUUUGUGGGCAUUAUGAGAAUGUAAAUUGUUGUUGGUACAAUCAUCAGGACCAGGAACUAUACACAGGAAGUAAUGACAGGCAAAUCCUGGUGUGGUCGCCAACCAAAACGGCGAUUGAAGAAGAAUCAGAGGUAAAGAUGAAAUUGGGUGUUGAUGAAGAUAAUUGGAGUGACUGACUGAAGACAAUUGCUUCUUUUUUACUGGGUUUGAAGGUUCUUCUAUUGUUCAUUCUUCUUCAGUAAUAAUUUUAUGUUUCGUUGCCAAAGCUCACAUGAAGUGAACUUAUGAACAAUAUAACAUUCAAUGGAUUAAAAACAUAGUUCACACUAUCAAGUAAUUUUUGGUUCAAUAUUUCUCGGUUUGGUAUAUUUGGUUUUUUAAAAAAAUUUCAGGAUCGGUU